CAAUGGUGUAUUUGUGUAUGUGUGUGUAGCUUGCUCGUUCGUUUGGUUGACAAUCGCGAUGUGAUGUAUCCUACAUCAUCGCAUGCUGAGUUAUCUUUUCAAGAAAUAUUUAUAAUUUUUCAAUUAGUUAAGCGAUUCAUUUCUAAAUGUUUUCUUUCGUUGUGAUAUCUUUUCUCUGUUUUGAUUUCUAAAUAUGUGUAACUUGCCGCCGAAGUUCCAUUCAGUGUGUCGCCUUUGUUUAUCAUUCUGUGGCGAUAAUUGCAGUGAUGUUAAACUUCCAAUAUUCGACCGUGAUAAGGAUAAAUCACAGCUUUCCGAGAUGAUAAUGACAUAUUUGUCAAUAGUGGUAUCUCCAGAAGACAUGCUGCCACAGGUAGUAUGUGGAAGUUGUGCGAACAAACUAGAUGAGUUUCAUACAUUUAGAGAACUAUCACACAAAUCUGAAAGAUUAUUAGAACAAUUUCUUCAGUAUGCAAAUUCCUUAUCAGGUCCAAAGGAGGAAGUCCUCAGUAUAACGGCCGACAAACUGGAAGAAAUAAUUAAACCAUUGAACGAUAAUGAUUACGAUCACGCAACAAAGAACAAAUACGCCGAAAUCGGGUCGCCGGAUUCGACAGAGGAGAUGAAAAACUUGGAGAGUCGGCAGGCGGCGGUUACACUUCUACAAAUCAAAAAUUAUGACCCAACAAAAUAUGUCGUCAAACCCGAGGAGAGUCCGAACAUAAUGUUCAAAACUGUAAGUUUACCGCCUUCAGAUAGAGCGAGAGAAGUGAUGCACUGUAAUACAGUCAUCGAUAUAAUAAGCAAGGCUGUAGCGGUCGCUCAGCGUGAGAACGAGGAAUCUCAUAGCUAUCCGUCAAACUACGCGAGCGUCAUUGACAAGACGCACGUGCCUUGCGCCGCGGACUACAAGCAGGAGUACGUGGACGAGCCGUACACACACAACGCGCCGCAGAGCGUCACCAGCCUGGGCAGCAACGAUGAGCACAACAAGGAAAUGGACCUGUCCCUCUACAGCUCGGCCAAGAGCGAGUACUUGGAUCCCAACGAGCAGGAGCGCGAGGCCAGCGCGUAUGUACACAGAACGAUUGCGAGCAACAAGAUGUCAAGUUUCGCGGACGAGUACAAGCAGCACGUGUACGCGAGGGCGUGCGUGAGAGCGAAACCGGCGAAGGAGAACUCCUCUGUGUACGAGGAGUGCAGUCAGAGCAGCAGCGGCUCCGACCCGGACAGGCUACAGAUGGAUAUAUCGGAGGUGUCGCAGGACGAUCCCGAGGAGACUCAAUCGGUGCCGUCAGCGCAAUCGUCGCCCAAACCGCCGCAUGACAGUGAAACGGAAAAGGAAUCGUUAUGGCACGCGUUACAUAAACAAAACGGCCGCGGCGGCGAAACGACGCAGCUGCUGCGGCGGCUGAUAAACAGCAAGCACACGGGCAUGACGGUGUCGCCGCUGCGCGCGAACGCGUCGCCGCUGCCCGCCGCGCUGCUGCCCAACGGCGCCGUGUCCCCGAACGGCGAGUGGCCAAGUCCGGGUCGGGGCGGGUCAGGCGCGGGCGGGGCGGGCGGCACGGCGCGCAGGAAACAGAGCUGUCCGGCGCGCGCGCAACCACUGCAGGAGCAGCACGUCGCCUGGCCGAUCGCCGCCGAUACUGACCCGUCAGACGCGGCGUCGAACGCGCCGCGAGCGGGCGGCGGGGCGGGGGCGGGCGCGGGCGCGGGGGCCGGGGCCGGGGCGGCGGCGGCGGCGGGCGCGGGGGAUGUUUAA